UUUAGGUUCACGGGGCAUAAACCCUAAGGUGCUCUCCCCUGCACUGUCCGUGGUUCCCCGUUCGUUUCCGAACAUGAGCAUUCAAACAAAUCUUCAACAUUCAAAAGUUUUGUCAAGUUGCUGCUGAUCAGUCGACGUUUUCUCGAAUUUUGAGAUGAUGGGUGGUUUGGAGGCCUAUGAAUUACGAUUGAUUCGUUGUUUUCUUGGGGGGUCGAGAAAUGCUGACGCAUCGCAUGCUGGAGAUGAGAGAACUGAGAUUUCUCGUUUCGCUGAGGCGGAUGAUUGCAUCGAUGGGACUGGAAAUUUUGAGGAAGGGAUCCGAGAAGUCGUCGCCUUUAUCGAGAAUGGAUUCUAUGCAAAAGCUUUGGCGUCGAAAUGGGUGUCCACUUUGUUUGGAGAUCUGCCGAAAUUUGAUAUAUCUGGUACGAACGGGAAGGAUGGUGCCAAAUUCUUUUACGAAUUCGUAGAAUCCAAAGUAGCAGGCACUUGGACUUCUGAAAUCGAUGGAGCCACAACUGACGAAGGAGGAGACCAUCGGGCAGUUCUAAUUUUAUCGUUGGGAGUUGCUGCUCUGUGUGCCUUCGUUCAAGCUAACAUGACUGGGCCGACCGAUCAAAAAUUAUCAUGCUCACCUUUUACGUCCGUAUUGGAGGGAUGUGGUGCUCCACUGGGGUAUUUUGACAAAGAGUGGGAUUCAUGGGCUCGUUCGCAGCUGAUGAUCGAUGGUUGUGAUCUCAUCGGGAAAUUUGAUCUUCCUCAGUAUCUGAUACUCGCCAAACUCUUACUGGUGAAUCCAGCAGAGAGAAUGGUCAAGACGCAAGAGUCUAGAAGAAAUGGACCCAAAACUUGGAGUUGGUGGGGUCUUCGGGCGUUGAUGAUGCAGCAACGGGUGUUGGCUGAGCGAUCGCCUUCCAUUCUAUCCUUGUGCAUUACCUUUUCGAAGGAAAUUUCUGAGAAGUUUGGUACACAUGAGGCAGUACAACAGCUGGGUUGGAACCUUCGCUCGCAAGAGGCGAAAAAUCUGACUGCAGCCGUCCACCUAGAAGUCGGAUUCAUGGAGCAUCUAUACGGGCACAACGAUGCAGCAAGGGAAUCUUUCGACAAAGCUGGUGGAGCUUGUGGGCUGGAGUUUGAGAUCACAGGUGUCCUUGGUUAUCGUACUAAAUACCAGGAAGAGGCUAAAGCUCAGAUGGUUCUGCUCAAAAAAACUGUGCCCACAGAGGAAGACACUUGGCUGGACUUCCUGGACGGUGUUGAAGUCAAACAUCAAGAACCAGAAUCUGACGUCGAAAAUAGUGAAAUUCACCUUGUUCCAAAGCUCUUAGAAUCCAAGGACUCAACACAGUCUGAUAACUUGCAGUCAGUAGACAAGAAGGGUCUCAACUCCAUUGAGCAGGCUGUUGUUUUAGCUUGGUGCGUGGAUGUCAAGAAGAGCAACCCUGAAGAUGAACUGCGAAGUUGGCAAAUGGCUCCAUAUAUCGAAGCUAUUGACGAGCAGCAGCGAUCACCCUUUAUGGUGAAAGUAUGGUGUCAGCUUCUACGCAUACGGUGGGAGGCAACGAGAACUCGGACACGCGAACGCGCAUUUCUCAUGAUGGAGAAACUGACUGAUGAUAUGCGUCGAGGAGAUCUGAAAGUAUCUCAAAGAAUGCUAUAUGCGUUCUGUGUCCCAUUCCCUAUUUUAACGGCUCUCCUCAAAGAGUAUGCAGAGAUGAUGGUGAGGUUUGGUAUCGUGGGUGAUGCUUUGAGGUUAUUUGAGGAGCUGGAAAUGUGGAACAGUCUCAUUGAUUGCUACUGUCUACUUGGGAAGAAGGCUGCAGCUGCAGAUCUCAUAAGAGAACGUCUCAAGGUGCAACCUGAAGAACCAAGACUAUGGUGCUCGCUGGGGGAUGUUAUAAUGGAUGACGAGUGUUAUAAUAAAGCAUGGGAGUUCUCUGGUCAUCACUUCGCUCGUGCCCAGCGAUCUCUUGCGCGUACAGCUUAUCAUAAACAUAACUAUAUGAAAUCUAUUGAACAUUGGGAUUUAGCGCUCUCAUUGAAUCCCCUACAUCCUGACGGAUGGUUCGCCCUUGGGUCUGCAGCAACCAAAGCCAAGGAUCUAGACAAAGCUAUACACGCUUUUACCCGACAAGUACAACUGGAUCCAGAGAAUGGCGAAUCAUGGAAUAACAUUGCAGCUAUUAACAUGCAAAAAAAACGGAGCAAGGAGGCGUUUGCUGCAUUUCGGGAGGCACUAAAACUCAAGCGUAAUAGCUGGCAGAUGUGGGAGAACUUUGCUCAAGUUUCCUUGGAUGUGGCCAACUUUAGCCAGGCUAUUCUUGCUCUGGAGAAAGUACUCGAUCUUUCUGAGGAAAAACGUGUAGAUAUAAUUGCUUACAGACGUUUGAUGAAGGAGUUAGAAAUUCGAAAAGGUUUACUCGUACGCCCAAAAACAAAUUCAUUUAAGGAUACGGAUGAAAAUCGUGACGCUGAAGAUGAAUUUGACUCGCUCUCAUCUUUGGGUUUACCAUCACCAGCCGUCGCUUUUUCGAGUAAAGAGAACCUUCCUGAAGGGGAUACCCAAGAACUGUCACCAUCUGAAAGUGACAGUGGGAGCCUUGUUAGUUCUAAGGAAACAGACAUGUUGCUAGAGAAGACUGGGAAGUUGCUUUCACGGAUCGUUGCGAGAGGGCAAGGGGGAGGCGAAGUGUGGGGCCUCAAAGCACGAUGGCAUCAAAUUAUGGGAGAUAUGGACAUGUGUGUCGAGGCUUUGCUCAAGCAGGUUCGAGCGUAUCAGGGCUCAAAAUGGCAAAGCAGCGAGGAGAACUUUGAAAAGUUCGCGAGAGUAUCCCUUCAGCUUUGUGAAGCGUACUUAGAGAUGGCUCUCUCAGGAAGUGGAAAGCGCGAGCUUUCUGCGGCGCAUAUGCUUUUGCGGAAUACAAUCAAGCAAGCAGAGCCCUUUAACAACACUCAACAGUUCAAGGAUUUAGAGUCAUGCCUUCUCAAGGUCAAAAGCCUCAUGCAAGCUAUUUGAAUUUUCAAUAUCUAGCUCUAUUCUGAACAGGAAUUUGAGGCUCUGAAACCUCCACCAUCCAAUUUUGUAUUUUGGAAUAAAAUUGAGUCAGAGUUUCUACUUUUAACCUUGUGCGUACAAAACUGAGAAAUUCUGGAAAUUGCGGA